AAAUUCCUUCUUGCAUAUACAGUAGUAGACCAGAAUUCCCAUAUCUUGGUCUGAUCGUUGCUAUUAUCGAAAAUGGAGGCAGCAAGAUGUUGGGAGGAAGAAGAAGCUUCUGUGUGGCCUCCAAGAUCUUAUUUCUGCAAUUUCUGUGGAAGAGAAUUCAGGUCAUCUCAAGCAUUGGGAGGUCAUAUGAAUGUUCAUAGGAGGGAUAGAGCAAGGCUAAAGCAAUCUCCUGAUUUCCAAAACGACUUUCUGCAUCAUCAACAUCAAAAUCUUCAUGAAAUAACCCUACUUCACAAUCCUAAUUCUAGGGUUUUUGUCUCCCCAGCAGGAGUUUCAUUCCCGGUGAUGACCCGAGAUAAGAAAUGCCAUAAACCUGAUAUUUCAAUGAAUCCAGCUGAGCUGAAGAGGGAGAAUGUUAGUUGUAAGAGACAGAGAAGUGAUGAACUAUUAAGUCCCAAAUCAACUUCCAUGAAGAAAAAUCAUCUUCAAGCAGAAUUCAAGAGACUGUGUGAAGAUGCAACCCAAGGCUUAGAUCUUGAACUUAGACUUGGGUUUUCCCUUAUUUAGAACCUUGUUUUUUCAUAUAAAUAGAAUCCCUGUAAUUCCCUGCAAAAUCCUAUUUAUUUUUAGGUUUUAUUUUUUUAAUUAGUU